GUGUGAAAUAUGUAGCGAAGAGGAAGCUAAGUACAGAUGUCCACGCUGCAUGAAAUAUUCAUGCAGUCUAUUGUGUGUAAAGAAGCAUAAGCUUGCACUGAGCUGUAACGGAGUCAGGGAUAAAACAGCAUUUGUCCCUGUAAAUAAAUUUACUGACUUGAACCUUUUGAGUGAUUAUCGUUUUCUGGAAGAUGUAGGAAGGACAGCUGAUGCUGCUGCUCGACAUCCUACUGCGCAUAGUCCAGCAACAAAAAAAAUUUUAUAUUGCUUGAGAAACAAAGCUCGAAAGUGUAAUAUUGACCUGAGGACACUGCCCAUUGGAUUUACAAAAAGAAGGGAAAAUUCAACCACCUUCAAUGGCACGGAGAAAAAGUUCUACUGGCAUUUGAAGCUCGUAUUUCCUCACUGUCAUGCUGAAUACACAUUAAAAGGGGUGCCUGAAGAUAAAAGACUUGCUGAUAUCCUCAAGCCAUACAUUGAUCCAGUGGAGUCAGAUCCUGUGGUUUGUCAACGAUUAAAAAUCUAUACAGCAUCUCCUCAGUCAGAUGUACAAAUUUUAAUGAAAAUAGAAAACAGGAGACAAAACUCUGUCAGGUACAAUGAACUAGAUGCCAGUAGAAGCCUCCUGGACAAUUUGAAAGGCAAAGUAAUAAUUGAGUAUCCAACACUAUUUGUGGUCUUGAAAACACUGAAGAAUGACAUGGUAGUUCUUGGCCAAGAUACCAGUGGACCUGCAGAGAACUCGGACAAUGAAAGUUCAUCCAUUUCAUCUGUGGAAGAAGGGGAAAUUCGGGACAGUCAAACCACAGUUCAGAGUGACAUGUUGCG